AUGUCAGGACAUCACCGCAUCACCCUCGCCGCCAAUCCCCCCUACUUCAAUGGCGACAAAUCCAAGUACCUGGGCUUUGUGGACGCGUGCACCACUUACAUCGGUGCCUAUCGAUUGGAGUUCUUGCUGGACGAGACAAAAAUCCUCUUUGUCCUCUCCUACCUCCGUAAUGAGACUGGCACAAGCUGCGCCGCCUCGAGAUGGGCAAUGAACUGGAAGCAGCACAAUUUCGAGGGCUUCCAAGGAAUGAAGGUUAGAGUCACCGUGACAAGCUUCUUGGAGGAGCUCCAGAGGGCCUUUGGGGAUUCUAACGCAGAACAAGUCGCUGCUGCCCAACUCAUGGCCCUUUGUCAGGGCAGACGGUCCUUUGCGGACUACAUCUCCGACUUCAAAAUGCUGGCUGCGGACACCGGAUACAACGUGGUCACCACCACAAAUGACCAGGGCAAAUACAAGAAGGGGGAUCAAGACAAUAUCCUCAUUGAGUUUCUUGAGCGUGGGCUCAGUAGCAAGAUUGUGAGCCACCUCUACAACACCGGUGUUCCCCUGCCCAAGGCAUACGGUGCCUUCAAGAACUGGUGUGUCAACAUCGAGGCCAAUGCCUUGCGCGACCAGCUGUGUAAGGCAUCCUAUGCGCACUCAACUCCGCGGCCUCCCCCUCAAUUCCGCCCUCAGGCGGCACCAGCGGCGUCCACACGCGCUCCAACCCGGCCAGCUGCCAACGAACCGGUCUUAAUGGAAAUUGAUUGCAUGCACACCCGCAGCCGCAAUAUCAUCUGCUACAACUGUCAGCAGCCUUGGCACAUUGCGCGGAACUGCCCAGAACCAAGGAAGAAGCACACAUUCUUCAAUUGGGCCACGAUGCUUGAAGAGAUCGAGAACGGGGAUAAGGACAACAAGUUCCUCAAGGAGAUUGCUGAGAAGCUGCGCGAGAAGGGUUUUUGA